AUGUACCAUCACGCCGACGAUCUGAAGCGAACACAGCAUAUCAUGGAGCAUCUCGCUGCAGGAUCCGCUGGGCCAGGGCAGCACAGCUCUAGCCAAGUCACGGACAGAACAUCCAGUGUAGUGGACGUCGACAGACUUCUGGCCAAACCCGGUAUCGACACGGUCAACCGCGGCAGGCUAAUCAGUUUCGACACAGCGGUUGCCGCAGAAAAGAAGAGCAAUCGGGCUCUCGAGCUUCGCGAGUGGGAGAGGUCUCAGUCGUUUGAUGUUGACCCGAUCAAGAGAAGAGCCUCGGAUACCCCGCCAAGUCCGGAUACUAGACUAUCCAAUCCUCCAGAAUGGCUGAGUCCAAAUCGAGGAUCCAUCACGAGCCAACGAGUCGUGACAGAGGCCAAGAGCACACCCCAAAUGAGGUCUUCGAUUGAUCAGGUUGGCUCGGCCACAACUGAGUCAACAGUCGAGUGGCCGAAGCUGAAGCGAGUGACGAAGGUGACGAAGGAGACCGUGGAGGAAAAGCCAAAGACGACGCUGCCGUGGAUGCAAAGGCCCUUGCGCCGAGUCCAGAAAGAGGAAAACAUAUCCCAGCAAGCUCAAACACAACAGUCGACGGAAGCCGGGAAUUGGAGAUCUCAGCUUCGAAAGGUCGAGGACUCGCACCAUGGCGGCCGACAGCGAGCUGAGACUUGCAGCUCGUGUCACGAUGAAACAAGCUUACCAUCGCGUUCCUCUGUUGGCGAGGUUGCCGACGUUGCUACCGACGCAACAAAAGAAGAGAACCAGUCUCCGGCGCCUCUGAGGUCGAAACGUGUUGAGGAGGUUCAAGCCUCGAUCUCCCACAAGUCAAGCUCCAGAACGUCAACAACAGUCGAGUCAGAGACCAGCAGUCAGGUCUCACACACAGUAAAGGAAACCCACUCCGCCUCGGGUUCCCACGUUGUCGAAGAAAACAACGAGGCGAGCAUUACCAACGGCUUCGAACAUCGCGGACAGUCGAACGAGAUUGAGGUUCUCAGCCCAGCACCUGUGAUUUCAUCCGAACACACUUGCACCUGGAAGGAGCACUACUUGAGACUGACGUCAGAAGUGCGGCAGUUGAAGGCUGAGAUUAUGUCCAGAGAGAGGCUUGGAUCGUCUGGCGUGGACGUGGGGGUGAACGUCGGGCAGGGUGACGAUGAGCUGGGCGUCGAGGGUCUUACCAUUGUUAUGCAUCUGAAGGGGAAGGAUGAUCUGGUCAUCAAUACAGACUUGACCAGGGCUUCUUCUGACGUUUGA